AUGGAAUCGUUUGUGAAUAAGAAUUGGGGAAAGAUCUCAAUUCCGACAAUUUCUCUGAUAAAACAAGGAAUUUUGCUAUUUGAUUUUCAAUCUGAAAAGCAAAUACUUGAGGUUUUAGAAGCUGGUCCUUGGUUCUUUGGAGCUAGGCCGAUGGUCCUUAAACCUUGGUCUAUUGACACUGAUAUGGAAAAAUUCCAAACAUGCACAUAUCCAAUGUGGGUUCAAUUCCCAAACUUGAGAUUGAAUUUGUGGACUCCAACUGGUAUAAGCAAAAUUGUAAGCAUUAUUGGUAAUCCUAUCACAACUGAUAAGCUCACAGCUACAAGGCAAAGGUUAAGCUAUGCUAAGGUUCUCUUGGAAAUUGAACUGCCAUUGAAAGAAGCCUUACCUGAUAUGAUUGUUAUUCAAGGUCCUGAUGGCAAAAAUCAUAAUCAAAAAGUGAUAUAUGAAUUCAAGCCAAGAUGGUGCUCAUUAUGUAAAGUUGUUGGACAUGAAACUGAAAAUUGUAGAAGGCACAAUUUCACAAAGAAAUGGGUGCCUGUUAACAGACAGAGUAGUAAGGAUGCACAGGAAAAGCUGGAACUAAGAUAG